GGCGAUAGGACUCAAGCGCCGUGAAGGAAGGAUGGUUUGAUUCUUGCAUGGGGAGGGAUGGUGUGGGGCGGAACGCGAUGUGAAUGAGCGGUGCGUGGACAGCGAACAGAGCGGCUGUUGUGGUCAGUGGGCAGCGAGCGGAGCGUGGUUGGCACCCGUCCUGCAGCCCACGGGGAGGGCAAAGCCUGAAGUUUGCCCCAGAGAGCGAAAGAAAGAGAGAGAGGGGGGCAGCAGCAGAGACUGGUCAGCAGGAAGAGGGGUCGGAGCAGACAAAGGCGCAUCGCCAGGACCCUGGUUGCCGGGUGAGGGGAGGGGGAGCGCGGUCACUCUCACGGCCACGGCCCGCCCCAGCGAGGCACCCCUCACUUCCAACUGGGCAACAGACAGGGAAGGCUGGUCGAGCCGAGGGAGCGGGAGCAUGUGGAGGACACUCGGGUGUCGAGGACCUGCAGAUGCUGCCUGACCCGCUGAGUUCCUCCGGCACUUUGUGUUCUGCUCAAGAUUCCAGCACCUGCAGUUCCUUGUGCAGAUUCAUCAGCAUCUCGGGUUGGAGGAAGGGCCUUGUCGAGUGGACACGGGACUUGGUCAGGGAAGACCAGAUGCUGCCUGAUCGGCUGAUGUUAGGAUGAGCGUUUGUGGGGCUGAGCAGGAGCCGCCUCGAAGCUCGUACACCAUGGUGGGCGUGACCGACGAGGCGCAAAGCCUGACCGUGCGAAACCUGUCCACCUCCGACAUCCACAAACACUAUGAUUUCAUUCGAGAGCUGGGAAAGGGAACGUACGGCAAGGUGGAGCUCGUCAUUCACAAAGUUACAGGAACUAAAAUGGCUUUAAAGUUUUUGAAUAAAAAUAAAACAAAGCUGAAGAAUUUCCUGAGAGAGUAUAGUGUCACGAACAACCUCUCCUCCAACCCUUUUAUCAUCAAGGUCUUUGACGUGGUCUUUGAGACGGAGGACUGCUAUGUGUUUGGUCAGGAGUACGCUCCAGGAGGUGAUUUGUUCGACAUCAUUCCUCCCCAGUUGGGUCUGCCGGAGGACACAGUGAAGCGCUGUGUUCAGCAGCUGGGUUUGGCCAUUGACUACAUGCACAGCAAAAACCUGGUGCACAGGGACAUCAAGCCAGAGAACGUCCUCCUGUUUGAUAAAGAGUGCAGAAGGGUCAAGCUGUCUGACUUUGGGAUGACACGCAAGGUAGGCUGCAGGGUGAAGCGUAUCAGUGGCACCAUCCCCUACACCGCUCCUGAGGUCUGCCAGGCAAACAGAACUGAAGGCUUCCUGGUUGAUUGCAGUAUUGACAUCUGGGCAUUUGGUGUGCUGAUCUUCUGCAUGCUGACUGGAAACUUCCCCUGGGAAGCUGCCCAGCCCUCUGACGUCUUCUACGAGGAGUUUGUGCAGUGGCAAAGGGGUCGCCUGAGUGGAUUUCCCUCCCAAUGGAAAAGAUUCACGGAUGGAGCCCUCCGGAUGUUUGGAAGGUUGCUGGCUAUUGAUCCAGAUAAAAGGUGUUCUGUCAAGGAGGUCUUUUAUUUCCUGAAAUGUGACUUAAUGGCAGAAUUGAGAAGAAGGGCUUCUUAUCGAUGUAGAACCCAUUCCUCGGAUAAAUCCGCUCUGUCGGCAGCCAAACGUGAGGGGCCGGCUCCCAGCAUGCCAACACCUUUGAGAAGAAGCCUCCUGUCAGAAGCACCAGGGUCCAGGUUCACAUCCAUGUCGAAUGAGUUGAGUGCACAAACAUCUGGGAGCAGGCUGGAUGGAAGACAGGACAAGAGCAAAGGACGAAUGAUUGGUGCUACGGCGAUUGAAAUCUGUGUUUAAUCUUCUAAUCCAUUAGUAGGUGUGCACUGGUGUAGCGAGUUAGUCAGGUAAUAUUUUGAAACCUCAUGCAAGUGGGUCCUUCUUCAAAGUCAACAGAAAUGUGUAAUAUGUUGAAACAAUGUAGAUGGACUCACUUGAGUUGUGCAGAAAGCUCCACAGCCCCAAGUUACAGACUGCUUCAAAGGUGCAAUCUCCUCUUGAAUGAGUGUGGGUGGAAGUGGGCUGGGAACAAUAUUUAAAUUCAGCUCGUGGAUUAAAAACACUGUGUCUUGACUGUGGGUCAAACUUUGGACAGGUCCAGCUGCUGUUAAUCUUGAGCGUGUAGCGCAGUACGGUUCGUCCCUGCCUUAUCCAACAGGCCAUUCUUCAAAGUAAAUUCAUGGGGUAAUUUGGUUACAAGAGGGUUCACAGCCAGGUCUGCCCUCUGACACAAACACGCAUGAUCUUGGGUGGGUGACCGAGAGUAACAAUGAAGAUCCAUUGUAGCAGAGUACAGAGGCUGGUGGGACCAGAGAUACUCUGGCCUCACCCAAGGAAGCUCUUGGGAAAGGUUUAAAACACAGUGUACUAAUUACCAUGACCACCACUUUUGAAAGCAUACAAAAUAUUAACGGCCUUGAAAUAAACCAUUUGGUCCAACUGCCUCAUCAUCAAGUCUCCUUCCAUCUCCCCUCUAAAAGCAUAUCACAUGUUUUUUGCUCUAAUAUCCUUAAUUGUUUUAAUUUCAGUUAUGUUAUUUGUUACAACUACUCUCUGGGGCAGUAAGUUCCACAUACUCUCUGUAUAUGCAUUUUACUUUUGAGCCCUUCUUGUUACUGGAAUACCAACUAGUCAGUUCCCAGAUGUUUAUGGUCUCUCAAUCUGGUCUCAGUUACAAUAGGAAACAUUUGAAAUUGACUCUUUUUAAGAAUGUUGGUAGAUUUUCCAAGGGUGUUAACUUGGGGUAAUUUUUAUCACGCUAAGGUUUACAAUUAAUGCUGCACGUGGUGUGAUGCAGUUGACAGGAUGCUUGUCAUGCUGAGAAAAGCAGUAAUCUUGGUUUAGUGUAUAUAGACAUUACUGCAUUCAGCCCCUAUGAUUAUUUUUUUUCUAGCAACUUUUUCCAAUGUCAAGCCUGCCACUUUGGUUCCUAAUCUCUGAAAUUAUUAGAAUUCUAAAAUCCCAGGAUGAUUACGGCAUGGAAGAAAGUAAUUCAACCUUUUGAUUCCAUCCCAUCUCCAUAUAAAAGCCACCGAGUUCGUCUCACAUCCUCUCUCCUUAGCCCUGCAAAUUCUCAUUUCUUAGACAUUAAUCCUGCUCCUUUCAAAAUGCUGUAAUUGAUGCUGCCUCAACUACCACCCAAGAGUGGAUUUUAGUUUGUCCCAUAAUCAAUGGGGGUUUUUUAAGUACUUGUCACUUUUGUUUCUCUUGCCAAUCACUUUCACGCUGUGUCACCUUGAUUUUAACUGCUCUGCUGGCGGGAACAGUUUCUUUCUGCCUCUUCUAUACUUUUCACGACCGUAAAAACCCCCCUAACAGUUCUGUUUGUAAUCUCCUAAAGCACUGUUUCUCAAGUCUGUCUAAAAUCCUUUAUCCCUGAAAUCAUGUUGUUAACUCUCUUUAACACCCUCUCUAUACGUUCACAUCGUUCCUGAAGCAUGGACACAAUACUUUAGUGGUGAAUGAACCAGUGUUUAUGAAGGUUCACUGAGACUUCUUUAUGUGAACUUUAUGCCUCUAUAAAGCCUUGGUUACAGUACGCAUUUUGAUUCACAUCUUGUACAAAAUUAUCCACACCCGCACCUCAUCUAAUCUCUGUUCUUUAGAAUUGGACCCUCUUGUUUAUGCCUCUUUUCUUCGUACCAAAAUGUAAUACUUCACAAUCCACAGCAUUAAAUUUAAUCUGUCAUUGAAUUCCCCAUUUUAUUAAUCUCAUUGACAUCUGCAACUGUCCCCCUCACAGCUCAUUGUCUCUGGGUUUUCUUGUAAGCCAAUGUCUUAACCUUUCCCUCUCCUCUCCCUGACCUGCAUCCAUCUGCCUAUUAUAUAAAAACUUUUUUUCUCUGAUGUUUCUACCUAUUACUUACCAUCUCAUACCUACCUAUAUAUACCUAUAUAUACCUACCAUAUAUAGGCUUCUACUUUCCUACCAUCUUCCCUCAGCACUCAGCCCCAAUGCAGGGACUAGACCCGAAAUAAAUGGCAGGGACCUUGGGAUUGUGGAUAUACAGAGAGACCUUGGGAUGCAAGUCCACGUUCCCUCAAAACGCUGACACAGUUAGAUAGGGUAGUGAUGAAAGCAUUUGGCAUGCUUACCUUUACAGCUGUAUAUUGAGCAUAAAAAUUGGGAUGUCAUGUUGAAGAUGUACAAAACAUUGCUUAAGUCGUACUUGUAAUAUUGUGUACAGUUCCAGUGCUACACCACAGGAAAAAUGUGGUCGCAAUAGAAAGAGUGCAGAAGAACGAGGUGCCAGAGGACGUAGUUGAGGCGGGCAAUAUAACAUUUCAAAGACAUUUGGACAGGUGCAUGGAUAAGAAAGUUUUAGAGAGAUAUGAGUCAAAUGUGAAUAUGUAGAGUUAGUGCAGAUAGGGCUUCUUGGUUGGCAUGGGCAAGUUGGGCCGAAGGGCUUGUAUCCAUGUUGAAUGACACUAAGAUUCACUGAGAUGUUGCCUGGAUUGUCAGCCCCAUGUCAAACGGGUCAUACAACAAGAUCAAACAGAUGCUGGAUAAAUCCUGCAAAGUACCAUCUCCCGAACCCCACCCUCACAAAGAUUGAUACUGAAAAUGAAAUUGGCAACUCAUGGGGAUUCGACCCCUUGCCUAUCUCAUUGCAAGGGAACGUUCCCCUGGAAAUAAUGUUGUUGCUGCUUAAUUGUGUAUUGAGUCACUGGAAUCUCUUCUGUUCUGGAUUCUGCUGGGCACCAGGGCAGCAUCGUGCUGUGUGAAUAGGCGGCUGUCUGGUGGAAAAAUGCCAUUGGCACUGGCUUGCAUGAAGAUGAGAGAGUGACUUUAGAUGGACAGGAAAUGGGAUGGAAGAUGACAUCUGGUAAAAGUGAGCAUCAGGCAAAAAUUUGCAUAAUGAGCUAUUUGUGUAGCUCACAGUUUUAAAAUGGGAAUAUCAAGUAGCUCGCAAUGUUUAAUUGCAGUUCUGUAAGAUUAUGAAUUUUUACAAUUAGAUAGCUGGGGUAAUUAAAACAGUCAUUAAUACGCCUCACUUGUGUAAGUGUUAGAUUUGUAAGUGCUAUUAAUUCUAAGGAUUUCAGUAAUGUGUAACAGUUGGUCUGUGAAAAUCUCAUACUGUAUCCAUUCGACUGUGUAAACCUCGCAGUAGAAAUGCAGAGAGGCACCCAGGAGGGAACGGGUUAUUUGUAUUCCCCUGCAAGAGGAGACAUACCCAGAGUGAGGUCCAGGGGAAGGGUCUCUGUGCAGACUGGUACUGCAUCAACACAUGGAGCUCAAAUGUUUCAUCUCAUUCCUGUUCACUAUGUAGCAUGAACAGGGUGAGUAGAAAAUCACAAUGAUAUUAACAAUAUAAUAAUCCAAGUAUAAUGUUAGAAGCACUUUUUAAAGGAGGGGGGGGGGGUGUUACAAGAAUUACCGUGGCUGCUUCUCUGGUCAAAUGCUGUUGUGUCUUGAAGUUGUGUGACCCACAGUUGUCACUGCAGCCCCAGUGGAACACAUCGCAUCAUAUCUUUGGCCACUAGGCACUGAACUUUGACUGGGUUGCAGUAUUAGUAAAGGGGUGAAGAGAGAAUUUUAAAUAGAGCACUUUGUGUAGAGAGGACUAUAACCUUUAGUGCUGCUACAAAGGGCAGUGGUCCUUAUACGUUGUGUGUGUGUGGUUUGCAAUAAUUUUAGAAAUAGAGCUUUUGUAGAUCUACCGAUAUAACAAUGCUCCUUUUACCUCAGUUUAUGCUAGUAUGUACAUACCUCAAUCUCGUCGUGUUAGGAAGAGAAAGUAAAUACAUCAAAAGAUUUAAGAAGUAAUUAGAAUUUUUGGUAAUUUUGUUCAUAUUGCAGACAUACUAUAGCCUUUGUACAUUGACAUUGUUUCCUGAUCUGACUCUGGAUAAAGAUAAUCUUUCCUACCAAUAGCAUAUUGCCAGUUUAUUUUCACCUACUUCUAUGCACAUUUCCUUUUUUUAAAUUCAGUGUAUGUUCAGUGGAAUCCUCUUUCAAUGAACUCCUUGUAAAACAGGACUGAACAAGAGAGUUUUAAAGUACCCACUGUUCCACAGGUUAUACUGCCCACAACACGGACCCCACAACUGUUCUAUCCCUCUCCCAUGGUGUUACAGUGGACAAAGUUUCAUUUUGAAUAUAACCCUUUUAGUUUAUUGUCAUGUGUACAGUGAGACGAUAUACCUGCCCUUGGUGUGUUUACAAGAACACAAAAAAAGGCUGCAGGACACGGCUGAAUGACGCCUCCUACCACUCGAUAUGAUAAUGGCUUUCCUCAACUCUUCUGUGCCACAUCCCUGUAACCCUCAAUUCUUGUGUUGUUCAAAUAUUUAUCUACCUCCACCUUAAAUAUCUCUAAUGAUCUGGUCAACCAUCCUUGGGGGUGAGAAUUGCAGACAUUCACCACUCUCUGAGAGAUGAAAUCCCCAUGCCUCUCAUUUUUAAAUGACUGGCCCCUUAUUUUGUAGCUACGUCCCCUUGUGUGCAACACUGCUACCAGUGAAGCCCACAGUGGGCUUCCCUCUCUAUAACCCAAGUGCUGUGCUUGGUUUGGUGCUAUUUAACAAAGAGUCAGGAAUGUGUAAUUGCUCAAUUUCAGGACUAAUAUCCUUCAUCUUUAGCAUGUGAGCCCACGAUAUUUUAGACUGAGGAAUAUGUAAUCAAUCAGGUGAGGGCACAAUAAGGAUGCAAGGGAAUCCACAAGACUACUCCACCAUUCAAUAAGAUCUUAUCUGAUCUUUUACCUCAGAGUCACGUUCUGAACCAACCAUUGAUCAAGCUGGCCUGACUAUAGCCAGUAACUGUAUACCACCAUCUCCUUGGAUAGAGAAUUCUACAGGAUCACCAUCCUCUGGGUGAAGAAGUUUCUUCUACCCUCUAUUCUGAAUGCCAGACCUCUUAUUCUGUGGCUUUAACAUUUAGUUUAUGAAUAGCUGGGGCCUCUGCACCAAUAAUCUCUGGUUUCCUGACCAUUAACCAAUAUAGUCAAUCUAUGCCAAUUUAUUACCCUCACUACUUGUGCUGUAGUUUUAUUUAUUUUAAUUUACAUGGGAUGUUAUUGAAGACCUCCUGAGAUCUAAAUGCACCACAUUCAGUGUUAGCCCUGCCAGUCACCAUCC